AAAUAUAGUCUCGGGUUCAGCAGUUUGGUUAAUAAUGAAAUCUCGGAGCAGAUCAUGAAUAUUUUUUUUCAAACCAACUUUUAACUUUUAUAACUAAGUUUUCCUGACGCGAUGUUUUAUAAUUUUAAUUCAAAUUUUAGGCAAUUAAGAAAGUUGAUCAAGCAGGGAUCAUUUGUAAAAAAAUGUUCAACUUCCACUCAAACAAAAUGUCAUCUGCUGAAAUCAUCAAAUGUGAGCCAAUUAGUACAACAGAAAAGCAAAAAUCCUAAAGAAAGUUUAAAUAUCUUCAAGAGAUGGUUCAAAUAUUUAAGACUAGGUUUACCUACUGGACUGACUAUUGGUUCCUUUGGUAUAAGCACAGUAUUUUGUCUUCAACAGAAACCUAAUAAUGAUAAAUUAGAGCAGCAGGGUAGAAAAAUAAUUGAUGAUGUCGAUGAGAAUAAUAAUGUUGUGUUGAAAAAAAAGCAGGAGGAAGAAUUAUAUUUUCCUUGGGGCCAUUUCCUCCAAUUACUGAAACCUCACAUGUUUUGGCUAAUUAGUGCAAUUGUGGGUGCAGUAGCAGUAGCUUAUUUAAAUAUUCAAAUCCCACUGAUACUUGGAGAGGUUGUCAAUGCAUUGGUGUUGUUUGCUAACGAGAACAGUGUUAACAGUAGAGAUUUCGUUGAGACCAUCAGUCAGCCUGCCAAAAAAUUAAUUCUCUUUUAUGGCAUGCAGGGUUUUUUGACAUCUCUCUACAUAACAUUCCUAUUUAACUUGGGCGAAAAUCUGGCAUCUGACUUGAAGCAGAUGUUGUUCCAUUCGAUCAUUGUGCAAGAUGUGGCCUUCUUUGAUAGGCACAGAACUGGAGAUCUUGUUAACAGAUUAACAGUUGAUGUACAAGAAUUCAAAAGCUCCUUCAAACUUUGCAUCUCACAAGGCCUUAAAAAUAUUGUCCAAACUGUGGGCUGUGUGGUCACUAUGGUGAUGUUGUCUCCGAAACUGACCAUUACACUGGUCGGUCUGGUUGCGGGCAUCAUAGUCCUGGGUUCGAUUCUCGGUCGGGGAUUGAGGAGUUUGUCUAGGAUGGCUCAAAAACAGACUAGCAAAUCAACAGUCGUGGCAGAAGAAGCCAUUGGCAACCUGAGAACCGUUCGUGCUUUUGCAAUGGAGAACAUUGAGGAAGAGCAUUACAAUAGAGAGACCGACAAAUCGUCCAUCACCAACAAGAAACUAGGUCUGGGUAUUGCUGCCUUCCAAGGACUGUCAAAUGUCGCUCUAAAUGGAUUGAUCUUAAGCACGUUACUGGUCGGCGGCUGGUUGAUGUCUGAGAAUGAAAUAAACGCCGGCAUUCUCAUGUCCUUCUUAGUGGCCACACAGGCUAUUCAGAGAUCAUUGGAGAAAUUAUCUCUGUUGUAUGGCGUGUCUGUUCAAGGUUUGAACGCCGGUGCCAGGGUCUUUGAACAUCUUAUAGCAGCCCCCGGCAUGCCCAUAAAGGGUGGACAAAUAAUUCCCUACCACAGUUUAACGUGCAACAUCAAGUUCAAGGACGUGACCUUCAGCUACCCUACCAGGCAGGAUCAGGUCGUUCUUCAGAACUUUUCAUUAGAAAUCAGUGGGGGUAAAAAACUGGCCCUUGUAGGACCCUCUGGCGGAGGAAAGUCAACCAUUGCUUUCCUGCUGGAAAGAUUUUAUGACGUAGAUGAAGGUAGCAUCACAAUUGAUGACCUUGACCUAAAAACACUUGACCCAUCCUGGGUCAGAGGUCGUUUGAUUGGUUACAUUAGUCAAGAACCAGUCUUGUUCGCUUCCUCAAUCAAAGAGAACAUAAAAUAUGGAAAGCCAGGAGCCACAGACGACGAGGUUUACGAAGCCGCCAAACAAGCCAACGCUCACGACUUCAUCGUCGGCUUCCCAGAUGGUUAUGAUACGAUUUUAGGGGAAAGAGGUGUGACUAUUUCCGGUGGCCAAAAACAAAGAAUCGCCAUCGCCAGAGCAUUGAUAAAGAAUCCACCUAUCUUCAUUCUCGAUGAGGCAACUAGUGCGCUGGAUGUAGAAUCUGAGAAGAUCGUCCAAGAAGCCAUAGAUAACAUUUCAAAAGGACGGACUGUGAUAUCAAUAGCUCACAGGCUGUCAACCAUUAAAGACGCCGAUGUCGUUGCUGUCAUUGUCGACGGGCAACUAGUUGAAGUCGGAAAGUAUGAAGAUUUGAAGAGCAAAAAAGGAGCUUUCUGGAACUUUGUGAAGUUACAACAGUGAAACAUUCAUCUAAUCACGAUAAUCACUGCAAUAUUUUUUACACGUGCAAAGAUUAAUGAAGGCUUCACGAUGCUGUGUAUGCAUUGUUUUUAUUUUCUGCUUUAACGUAUUUCAUCAUUUUAAAUGAAAAAUAUAAAAUGGACACACAUGGAUAAUAAUCAUAUAUAUGUAUGUGUAUAUAAGAUAUACAUACAUAUAUACAGACAUGUCUACAUAGGUAUUUACCAAAAAUAUAACAAAUAAAUGAGAAAAAAAAGAAAAAUGAAUUUAAAUCGCAAUUAAAAUUAUUAAAAAACAUAAAAAAAAUCAUUAAAAACCUCGCGAAAUUUAAACUGCCGAUAUACAAGCCAUCAUUUAUUCAUAGUAAAGAAAAAUAAAUUACAUUGAUAAUAAAUAACAUAAUCAAUAAUAUUAAUUCUAAAUCUAAUUAAUUUACUCUUAAUAAAAAAAUAUAGUACGUUUAAUCUGUAUCAUAGUCGAUAUAGCAUCUGUCAAAGUGCAAAAUCUGAACUGUCAUCUAUCUAUCUAUCCAACCAUAUCUAAACCUAUACAAACAUACGUACUAUUAUGUCACUAUUAAAUAAUAAAUUUACUUGCUUUACAACCACAUCCUACCUAUAUGAAAAUUUGUGGACUUGAGUUUCGUUUGAAACACGCACGCACACACACACAUAUAUAUAUAUACACACAUUUUCAAGGCAAAUAAAAAUUUAAAAUAAUGAUGAAAUUUAUUUAAUUACAACGACAAUAAUCAAACUAAUGAUAACAGUAAAUGUAACGAAAAGAUAACAGUUAAACAAACUAUAAAAAUCAUAUAAGCAGAAUUUCGAAUAAAACAGAUAUUAACACAUAUACAUAAAAUAAUUUUCAAAUCUUACACAUGU